GAGGGACCUCAACUCCUCCUCCUCCUCCUUCUUCUUCUUCUUCUUCUUCUUCUCUCCUGUGGACACCAAGCCGCACGCGCCCUGCUGAUUGUUUCCAACGGUAGAAGACUUCAGGUCGGCCCUUAACAGACGGUUGAGCCGCAGCGGAAGGAGGAGGACCGAGGAGAAAACGAGACGGACUUGAUCUCUGGUGACUUUACAACAAUCACCGCUCGUCACCACGCUCCUCUCAUGCUAACAGAGAAUGGAUAAUACACGGAACGGGGUUCAGAUCGGGGAGAACAAGUUCAUCAGCAAGGCAACGGUCCUCUCACAUCUUAAAACAUACAACCUUUAUUACGAGGGACAGAAUCUUCAGCUGCGGCACCGAGAAGAGGAAGAGGAGUUGAUUGUUGAGGGCUUGUUAAAUAUCUUUUGGGGCCUGCGGCGACCAAUCAGGCUUCAGAUGCAGGAUGACCAUGAGCGAAUCCGACCGCCACCUUCCUCCACGUCCUGGCACUCUGGUUGCAAUCUGGACAGUCAAGGUUCCCCCAACAACACAGAGGGUCAGCAGACUGCACAGACUCCGCCCACUGUGCAGGUGACGCCACCUGACUUUAAAGCCGAGGACAACGAUGAGACUGAAGAACACACAGAUGAGGACAGCGAGAGCUCCGCUCAGCUUCUCAGGACCAAGAGCGAUGCUGGAAUUUUAAGACGAGGCCAGCGAAGGAGUCCGAGCGACCAGAGAAAAAUCCGACGUCACCGAUUCUCCAUCAACGGACACUUCUAUAACCAUAAGACAGCGGUGUUCACACCUGCGUUCGGUUCAGUCACCAAUGUUCGAAUCAACAGCUGCAUGACCACACCUCAGGUGCUCCGAGUUCUCCUGAACAAGUUCAAAAUUGAAAACAGCCCGGAUGAUUUUGCGAUCUACCUCGUCCAUACGAGUGGAGAACGUGUGAAACUGAAACGAACGGACUAUCCCUUGGUGCUCAGAAUAAUUCAGGGUCCAUGUGAGCAGGUCUGCAAAAUUUUCCUCAUGGAAGAAGACCUGGGCGAAGAAGUCACGUACGAUGUGGCGCAGUAUAUCAAGUUUGAGAUGCCCGUCCUUCAGAGUUUUAUCACCAAGCUGAAGGAAGAAGAGGACCGAGAGGUGCAGAAACUCAGAAGAAGGUACAAUUACCUGCGGUGUAUCAUUGAAAAGCAGCUUCGUUGUCUUCCAGAAGGGGCAAAGUGUAUGUGAUCUUCUCAUGACGAGGAGUUCCUCCAACUCACCAAACUGUUCUGAGUCCGUGUCUCAACCUCCCCUCUGAGACUUGGAGCGAAGAAAUCAACAACUUAAGUUUGCUCUGCCUAAUUAAUGAAAAUGUAUUGACUAAAGUUUCAUCUGUUGAAUGUUUUCCUGUGAACCAUGAUCAUCAGAGGUACGACCGGUCACCUGACCCUGCUUUCUGUCCAACAUGACAUGCAACAGACAGAAUAAUGUUGCUUUUAUCCGAGUGUUUUUAACCAUUUUUAUUUAUUAAUGAGCUGAUUGAGCCUAAAAUGAAAUGUUCCCUCGUCUGUCUUCCCACUGGAUAAUAUUCUAAUCAAAUUAAAGCACAAGAUUUCUACGUAGAUUUAUAUGUUUUUACAAAGUUGCCUGUUUAAAGGUUUCUCCAAGCACAAAACACACAAGCCUUCAUCAGAUAUUUUGCAUUUAAUGCGUUUAAAUUUGUAAGCAAAUUAAACUUUCAAAGGAAUGUGCGUGACUCAAGAGCCACACCAGAACACAAAGCUUUCCCACCAAGCAGAACAGAUACUUUGUGGGUCUCAUUCAGUCCCAUAAUGCACCGCGGGGGUGAACCUUGCCUUUUUAAUGAGAAAGUGGUCAA